UGGCGAUGAGGCGACGAGAGAGCAUAGAAGUCUCUAGAAACACUCCCCCAUUUACAUAUCCAACUCCCUUCUCUAGAUGGUGCGAUCAAUCUAUUUUUUUCUCUCCGCGUGAUAAAAUAUUGCUACUAUUUGCAUAGAUGGCUUUCGAUAUGGAUGACGAUUUUGAGUUCCCAGCGGCUGGGACCAAUGAAAUGGAGGCAGCUGACCUUCCAGAGGUAGACCCGAUUCUCAAAGUGGGAGAAGAGACACAAAUCGGCAGCAACGGUCUGAAGAAGAAGCUCCUCAAAGACGGAGAUGGCUGGGAGAAUCCCAAAUCCGGUGAUGAUGUCCAAGUUCAUUAUGUGGGUACUUUGCUGGAUGGGACUAAGUUUGAUUCCAGCGUCGACAGUGGCAGUCCAUUCAUAUUUAAGUUAGGCCAAGGCCAGGUAAUAAAAGGAUGGGAUGAAGGAAUUAAGACUAUGAAGAAAGGUGAAAAGGCUCUCUUUACCAUUCCUCCUGAGCUUGCCUAUGGAGAGUCUGGAUCCCCUCCAACCAUACCUCCCAAUGCAACCCUUCAGUUCGAAGUAGAGUUGCUCUCUUGGACGAGUGUUAAAGACAUAUGCAAGGAUGGUGGUAUCUUCAAGAAAGUAUUGGCUGAAGGAGAGGGCUGGCAGAAUCCUAAAGACCUUGAUGAAGUAUAUGUUAAAUAUGAAGCCCGGCUUGAAGAUGGUACAGUAGUGUCAAAAGAAGAUGGGGUGGAAUUUACAGUGAAAGACGGUUAUUUCUGUGAUGCCCUUUCCAAAGCUGUGAAGACGAUGAAGAAAGGAGAAAAAGCACUGCUGACCGUGAAGCCUCAAUAUGGAUUCGGAGAAAAGGGAAAAACAGUCAGCAGUGAUGAAGGCAAUAUUCCACCCAAUGCGUCUCUUCAAAUUAACUUGGAAUUGGUGUCCUGGAUAACAGUGACUGAUAUUGCCAAAGACCAGAAAAUUCUUAAAAAGAUUUUGAAGGAGGGAGAGGGUUACGAUUGUCCAAAUGAUGGUACCACUGUUCACGUUAAAUUAAUUGGAAAGCUUCCUGAUGGAACGGUUUUUUUGAGAAAAGGUUACGAUGAUGAGCCACCAUUUGAGUUUAGGGUGGAUGAAGACCAAGUAAUAGAGGGUCUUGAUAGAGCUGUAAAGACAAUGAAGAAAGGAGAAGUUUCCCUUGUAAUAAUACAACCUGAAUAUGCAUUUGGGCAAUCGGGCUCUACACAGGAGCUCGCUGUCGUACCCGGAAAUUCUGCUGUACAUUAUGAAGUUGAGAUGGUUUCCUUUGUUAAGGAAAAGGAAUCCUGGGAUAUGAACAACGAGGAAAAGAUUGCAGCUUCAGGGAAGAAAAAGGAGGAGGGAAACAUAUGGUUCCGAGCAGGAAAAUAUGAGCGAGCAUCUCAGAGAUACGAAAAGGCUGUGGGGUUUAUUGUGUAUGACCUCUCUUUCAGUGAGGAAGAGAAGGAACAGGCCAAAGUGCUCAAAGCCUCGUGCAACCUCAACAAUGCAGCUUGCAAACUGAAAUUGAAGGAUUACAAGGAGGCGAAAAAUCUAUGCAGUGAAGUGCUAGAAGCUGAUGCUAACAAUGUUAAAGCACUUUAUAGGAGGGCACAAGCAUAUAUCAAUCUGGUUGAGUUUGAAUUGGCCAAAAAGGAUAUCAAGAAAGCACUUGAGAUAGAUCCUAACAAUAGGGAUGUGAAAUUGGGAUACAAAACUCUGAUGGAGAAAGUGAAGGAAUACAACAGGAAAGAAGCACAAUUUUAUGGCAGUAUGAUUGCAAAGAUGAGCAAGCUGGAGCAAGAUACAUCUUCUGGAGCAGCAGCAAAGCAAGGUCUAUCAUCAUUCACAAUAGAUAGAUUGUCGGAGAAAGUUAACCAAACAGUGGCUCUGGUGAAGAAGUGUGAUCAAAGAGUGAUGCUGCUUGGCUUGUCCCUUUUGAUGAUUCUAGCUGCAGUUGUUGUUCCUGUGUUGUACACAAAAAUGUACUAUUAAAAGUGCAUGGAUAUGUUGUUUUAUAUGAAUAGGCUAAUUUCGAAAGACACUGUUCUUGAUAUCAAUGAAUAAUCUUAUAUUGCCA